GAGAGCAAGAUGAGUCACCAGCAAUUCUACUGGAAUCAUGCAAGAAAAUUCGGCCAGGGUUCUCGUUCUUGCCAUGUCCGCUCAAAGCGAUACGGUCUGAUCUGGAAAUACGGCCUCAAUAUGUGUCAGUACGUGAAGGAUAUAGGCUUCAUUAAGUUGGACUAA